AAUGUACAGACAGUGCUGUUUCCAUGACGAGAGAGCCGCUGCUGGAAUACUUAUCAGCUGUUUGAUCCUGGCUCGAUAAUGGUUCUAAUAUGGGUUUGAAAGAUUUUUCAUUCAGCAUGGGCAGUGUGUUGGCUGCCAGCUCCCCAAACCCACCCCCAGCUUCAGGGGGUGGCAGUGCCGCAGGGGGGCCAGGUCUAGUGACGGUACCUCCUGGUUUCACCAUGCCCCCAGUUUCUCCAGUCCCACCCUCCUCAGGCACACAGGGACAGUCUGCGGCAGACACAGAGGCCUCUCUCCCUAACCCUGGCACAUUUGAGGAGUGUCAUCGCAAAUGCAAAGAGGUAUUCCCUAUACAGAUGGAGGGGGUACGCUUGGUUGUCAACAAGGGCUUGAGUAAUCACUUCCAGGUUAGUCACACAGUUACUUUAAGCACACAGGGGGACUCUGGUUACAGAUUUGGAGCCACAUAUGUGGGCAGCAAGCAAACGGGUCCUGCAGAGUCUUUCCCAGUCAUGGUUGGUGACAUGGACAAUACAGGCAGUCUCAAUGCACAGGUCAUCCAUCAGCUUACCAGCCAUGUACGCUCUAAAAUGGCCAUGCAGACGCAGCAACACAAGUUUGUAAACUGGCAGUGUGAUGCAGAGUACCGUGGAGAUGACUUUACAGCUGCUGUUACCAUUGGCAACCCAGAUGUUCUUGUUGGAUCUGGUAUCCUUGUGGCACACUUCCUCCAGUCCUUGUCUCCUGCUUUGGUAUUGGGGGGUGAGCUAGUCUAUCACAGGAGACCAGGAGAGCAGGGCACAGUCACAUCAUUAGUGGGUAGAUACACAGGUAGCAAUUACAUUGCAACAUUGACUGUUGGAGGAGCUGGUGCACAUGCGUCUUACUACCACAAAGCCAAUGACCAGCUGCAGGUCGGGGUCGAGUUGGAGGCCAGCACACGGAUGCAGGACACAAGUGUGUUGUUUGGUUAUCAGUUGGAUCUACCUAAAGCAAACUUGCUGUUUAAAGGUUCUCUAGAUAGCAACUGGGUGGUGGGAGCAACACUGGAAAAGAAGCUGCUACCCCUUCCUUUGUCAUUAGCUUUAGGCGCCUUCCUUAACCACCGCAAGAACAAGUUUCAGUGUGGCUUUGGUGUCACCAUCGGAUAGAGCAGCAGUGGUACAAUUCUAAACAGAUACAAACUCCACCAUGCUUGGACUGGUGCAAAGAGACAUGGGGACAUGGACCAACACUGAUAUGGACUCAGACUCCCAAUAUUACGGUGUUUAACCUUCAAUAGGAUUGAACAGGACAAGCUUUUAGGACUGCAUAAGCAAAGUCCAACAAAGCUCUCAAUCUAAAUGUUCAUAGUUAUCUGGCUACCUGACAGAUCAGCCAGAGAACUAAACAGCCAGAUAAGGUUUGUUUUUAAAUGCACAUCAUAUGAAUGAAAUAUGUAAGCUUUGUUAACAUUAAGGGUAUUUUGGAAAGGGCAGAAUCAUAACAUGAUGCAUUCAAAUUUGUUUAGAAAAUGUGGGGAUGGCUUUGAUCUUUUUUCCUUUUUUGAAAAUUUACUGAGGAUUCUUCUCUAAGAAUAAGUGAAACAUGUUAAGUAUUUGUUGUGUGUGUGUGUGUGUGUGUGUGUAUGCCAGUUCCAGGUUUAUAAAUGUUUUGGGGCUGUAUCAGUGUGCUCAAUUUUUUUACUAGAGGUUUAUCAUGUAAAAAAAGACAGAGUCUUCAAUAAUGCACCCCGCUAAAAGCGUUUCAUGUCAAACCGAUGAAACUACAAUGCAUGGAAAGCUCUGGCUUUCAGCAAUUGGUUGUUAGUUGGAGUUGAUGCCUGUGUCCCUUUGUCUCAUUUUUACUAGUCAUGCAGAACUGUCUGAGAGUUUUGACAAAGAGGUCCUUGUCCUGUAUUUGUCUGUGAAGGUCUUAGGGCCAAAUUUGGAUGCUGGUUUUAUAAUGACCAGAAGAAUCAAUAAGAGUGUCUCUACAAAUUUUAUGUCUCAACAUAAAAUCAAAUGUCACUGAAUUUUCCAUGUGGAAGAAUGUUCAAAGUUUGUAUGAUUUUAAUUUGUUGUACAUUAGCAUUCAAAAGGUUGGUGCAGAUACUGUAAUAAACCUGUACAAUUUAAUUUGGCUUUA